UUCUAUUUUUAUUGUCAUAACUUUUGCAAAUUUAAUUGAGGAUUGCAUUGUCACUUUGCAUAUUAAAAUACACUUUGAAUAACGUAUUUACAAAUGACAUUAUAAAAUUGCAUAAUGAAUUGUCAAUUGCAUAAUGUAAUGACUUAUUGAAUUGCAAAUUUCAAGUUGCAUUGCCAUUUGAAUUUUGCUACAUAUAUGCUUCCAUAGAUUUCUUUCGCUAUAAAAGUUUUUUGUUUUUUUGUCUUAAUCAUGUGUUAAGACAUCACCACCACACGGCGGAGCUGUGGGGCCAAAAUGAAACAGGAAACGCGCAGAAGAAGACGCACCUGGAGACCCAAACAAUCUCAUGUGAUAUUCCCAGUGGGAAUUUCCCACCACCUAGCGUUUGUUUUGCUCUGGGAAAACCUUAAAUUCCCGAACUAUCCAUCGUCCAAACAUUGCUCUCCCUCGGGUUUUCCUCUGGCCGGGUCAGCUGCGGACGGCUCCCAGCGCACCUCAUGGAGACCUCCGCCAGUCGCGUCCAGAUGUACACCCAGGACGAGAGGCGCGUCAUAGAGGAGGCGGUCAACACUGCGAUACGCGCCCUGCUGGACGCCAUCCACCGCGUCAACAGCGAUAAAAUAGUCAAGUACCAGAGUGUCGUGGAGGAGAGGGACAAGGAGAUCAGUCGGCUGGAGUACAAAUUGAGACAGAAUGAGCUGGAACUGAGGGUCGUGCGGGGACAGAGGGAUGGGUACCGGAGGCGGGCUCUUGAAGGGCAGGGUCCCAGUGAUGAAGAACAUGAUGAGGUCCUCGCGGGCUACGAGGUCCCUGCUGGAGAGGAUGCGAUGACGAAUGGCUUUACCGUGCAGAAGGAUUUCCCUAGUGGUUCAGCAGAGAGACCUCCGUCGCUCUCCAGUGGCGACGACCCCCACCACAACGGCCAGCCCUCGCCGCACCACCAACACAGAGUCCCCCGGGACGCCUCCUCCUGCCCCCCCCUCUCCCCCGGGCGCCGCCACUCGCCCCGCCCCCCCGGCGCGCGGGGCAAAGACGAGGAGGACGAGGAGGAGGAGGAGGAGGAGGAGGAGCCGUCGGGCUGCGAGGCGUUCUUCAUCAAGCUGGAGAUGUGUGAGCAGAGCUGUGGGAGUGGCCAACAGGACGACAGGCAGCAGCUGGACCGCCCCGACCACAGCCCCGACCACAGCAGACGGCUGACGGACGCUCAGAGGAACAAGCGGUACCGCCAGCGGUGCCGCUCCACCCCCGAGGGCCUUCGGGCCUGCAGGGAGAAGGAGAGGACACGCUACCUGAAGAGGAGGGUACUGGUGGCAGAGAUGUCGGAGGAAGCCCGGAGGAGAAAGAGGGAGAUGUGGAGAGCGGCAGCCAGAAGGCACCGCGACCGCAAUACCAUGCGGCCUGCCGCUUCACUGCCCGCCAGCAGGGGGCGACAACGAAGUCAGCAAAAAAGUUUACUUAGAAACGUUGACUAAUUUCUGCCCCCGCAAUGGAAUCGCUGACAAGAUAUCAAUAUUUAGCUUCGUAAUUUUUAGCUACCUUUUUAUUUAAAAUGUUUUUGUGAUGGGCCCCCAAUCAUCCCGCAGCAUUGAGUUAAUGUAUGCCUAUCUAUAUGACUUUGCCUAUUCUGUUUUCUACACUGGAUGUGGAGGCAAAUCAUAAAUUAAAAACGUUUGGAAUCAUUUGCACGUAAACGGUAUAGAGAAUAUCAAACGGGAUACUACAUAUAUUUUUGGACCCUGUAUAGACAGGCGCCACGUGAAACGAGGUGGAGCUUAUAGCCUGUGUGUGUGUGAACCCGACCAUAGCCCACCAACUCAUAAGCCCCUGGCUCCACACGGCGUGCAUGAGGCUAGAGGAAGAGAGUUGGUGUUUCGUAGCACUGUGGGCGGCCUGCGGCACAUCGGGGCGGCCCCCUGAUGCGAUGACUCAGAGCAGGUUUUGCCAAGUGUUUCUUGUACGUCCAAGCCACAAGGACCUCAGGUAAGGUCUACUGACUUACGAUCUGCCACUGUUUGUUUUGAACGCUUAACUAUCGUCUGCCGAAGUGAAUAAAACAAAUGCCUUUAUACUUCA